AUGGAAGGUUUUAGCUACUUGGCGCCAAUUAAGCUUGUAGAAAAGAAGAAAAACGACUACAAAGAAGCUAAAGAGAUUUUGAAGUUGGUAUGUGAUCAUAUUGAUAGGUUGGGCUUCUCUGGUUCUCACCAUCCCUGUUACAGCAGACCAAUUCUUGAAGCUGCAUGUCAAGGUGCUUAUGAAGUUGUUGAUGAGAUUCUAUCUCGAUUCCCCAAAGCAAUCGAUUGUAAGAAUCAAAACGGGCUUAACAUCAUUCAGUUAGCAGUGAUAAACCGUUCAGAAAAAGUCUACAACCUUAUCUAUCACAUAGUUGAGCGUAAAGACUUUUAUAGAACGGUUAUGGAUUCCUCUAAGAACAAUAUUUUACACCUGGCCGGAAGAUUGGCACCUUCACGUAUACUAAGCCGUACUACAGGAGCUGCACUGCAACUACAACGGGAACUGCAAUGGCGUGAGGAAUUGGAGAAAUUUGUGUUUCCAGCAUACAUCACUGAAGAGAACAUCUUUAAGGASACACCAGAAAUGGUGUUUACAAGGGAACACGAGAASUUGGUGAAGGAAGGRGAAAAGUGGAUGAAAWCCACAGCGGAAUCAUGCAGUAUCACCGCAGCACUAAUUACCACAAUCGUAUUUGCAGCAGCAAUUACKGUACCAGGUGGAAGCAAUCAAGAAACMGGUAUUCCCRUGUUUAAGGGAACCRUUCCUUUCACYAUCUUUGCGGUAUCUGAUGCAAUCUCGUUAUUUGCAUCCRCUACUGCACUUUUAGUUUUCUUGUCAAUCCUGACCGCACGUUUUUCAGAACAAGAUUUUCUUGUUAGUUUACCAAGACGGCUGAUYAUUGGUCUUUGCACAUUGUUCCUUUCUACAACUAUGAUGAUGAUAGCGUUUAGUGCGACGUUGUUCCUUGUGUUUGUUGAUCAAAGGAACUGGAUGUUGGSUCCAAUAGGUGGACUAACUUGCCURCCGAUUGCAGUUUUCGUGACUCUACAAUUCCCGCUUGUGGUAGACUUGUUCCGAUCAACRUAUUUYCCCAUCUUYGGUAAGCAAAGUUACAUAGAGCGUGGUAAAUUUAAUCCGAAUAACAUCCAAUAUUUUUUUGGUAAUCGGGGCAUCGAGUAUGUAUUGGAAUGA